AUGCUGAUUCAAACGUGUUUCGUGUUAUUGGUAUUUUGGAACUCUAUAUUUUCUGUACCUUUAAAAGAGAAAGAUGAAGAUUUCAUUAAAGAAGAAGUCCGAGAAUUACUGGAAUUUUUAAAGGAAAGUGAACCCGAAGACAUAGCUGCGAGAAUCGACCACGAAGAGAAAGGAAGGAGGCUUUUCAAAAAUUACUUUGGUCAGGAGGGUCUUGAUUUGACCCAAAAAAGAAAAGUCAAGAAAAAUAAGGGACAGAAAUCUACAGAGGAAGGAGGUCUGAAAAAGCUUGAUAAUCAGGAAAAACACAGUAAAAUGAUCGACGAAGAGGAAGUUGACCCUGACGACGUACGGUUAAUGGAGUUACUGGAAGGAAUGGCAGUAGAGAAAAACGGAAGGGUUUUCAAGGCCAAAGGUUUGCAUCCCGAGUUGUCAAUGAUUGCAAAAGGUCAAGGUAUGGACAAGCACCCCUUUACCUCAGAACAAUCUCAGAUAGAGCAGAUAUCGGGAGAUCAGGUACGCAGAAAAAAGAGAAGUUUUUGGAGGGCAGCUUGGAAGUGGCCGAAGAAUAUCGUUCCUUUUGAUAUAGACAACAACACUAUAGUAAAAGAAAGCAGCUACACUAUCUUCAACAAAGCAGCUGAACUCUUUAACAAUUUAACCUGUCUUAAGUGGCUGCCUUACACACCGGAACUAGCAGAACGAGUGGGUCACAAUAAUUAUGUACAAUUCCGUGAUUCCGAUGGAUGUUGGUCCUAUGUUGGGUACAUAAGAAGCAGUCCUCAGGUGAUUGGAAUGUCACAGAGGGGAUGUAUGAGUGUUGGGAUAGCUGUGCAUGAGAUGCUUCAUGCCGUGGGUUUGAUGCACGAGCAGUCACGCACUGACCGUGACGACUACAUACGCAUGAUCAAAGAAAAUCUCAAGCAUAACUUUCACAAUGGUAACAUGGCAAAGACUAGCACUUUUGACCGCAAUGCAUAUGACUAUGAAAGCAUUAUGCAGUACGGUUUAUGGUCCUUUUCCGUCACUGGAGGUCAAACAAUGGAGUUUUUGGACAGAGAUCUGGAGUUUCUGGCUGGGACGGGGGCCGGGGUCGGUCUUGAUUUCUAUGAUGUAAAGGAUAUAACCGCAAAUUACCAGUGUGCUGGAGAGUGUGUGAACCCACCAAGGUGUGAGAAUGGAGGAUUUGUCAAUCAUAACUGUGUCUGUUACUGUCCAAAAGGUUACCAAGGUGACACGUGUGAAAAUGUGAUCACUGAUGAUGACUGUGGUGGAAUGAUAGAAGUUCCUCUCGGUAAAGAUGUAUUUGUGACGUCACCAGGGUAUCCAGUAUCUUACCCAAUUGGAAAAUUAUGUAGAUGGGGCGUAAAGGCACCCGAGGGAUGGUACCUUCGAAUGACGGUAGAAGAACUCCACCUGGCGGACAACAAUUUGAAUAGAUGUUACCAUUGGCUGGAAAUCCAAUAUAACCUGCCAGGACAGACAGGAAUCAAGCGCUGUGGAGAUAUUAUUGGUGAUCAGUGGACGGGAUCCAAAGACAGUCCUAAUUUUAUGACGAUUACAUUUGACAGUAAAUUUGUACAGGACAGACCCGUAGAAAAGGGCUUCAAACUCAGGUUUAACGCUGUUGGAAGAGGAUGUAAGGAUAACCCUUGUGUAUAUGGUACUUGUCACGAAAGCAAGAUGGAUUGCCAGUUUACGUGUUCCUGUUAUUCUGGUUUUGAAGGAAAGUUGUGUGACAAAAUGUCAAGUGAUGCCACAUUUGAGUGUACUUUUGAAAAGACGAAAUGUUUCCUAGACAACACCAAAGAAGGAGACGACUUUGACUGGGCUGUUAACUCGGGCCCAAGUAGUUCACAAGGCACAGGGCCUGAUAAGGCACACAAAGGAAAUCGGUACAUUUUUGCAGAAAUGUCAGACCCUCGAGUCAAGGGAGAAAAGGCAUGGCUGGUGUCUAACUUGGACCUGCCAGCCUCAGAGAGAUGCCUUUCUUUCUACUACUACAUGUUUGGUCACACGGUUGAUUCACUGAGUGUCCUGAUCUCCGGGCAAAACAGCUCUCAGAGCGUCAUCUGGUCUGAGACCGGAAACCAGGGCAGCAGGUGGAAAUUCGCUCGUGUCAAUAUUCAGCAAUUAGAAAAACUGAAGAUUGUGUUUGAAGCUGUUCGUGGUGAAGAUUGGAGUAGUGAUAUUGCCUUAGAUGACAUAGUUCUUACUGUCGGAGCAUGCGUAAAUGUGACUGAAAAUAUUGAGUGUGUGAAAUCAAACCGAGGCGGGGAUUACAAAGGUAAAGUUAACAUAACAAGGACCGGAAAGGCGUGUCAGCCCUGGGCAGACCAAUCGCCCCAUUCACACUCCGGCUAUGCAGCCCUAGUCAAUGAUUCCAAUUACUGUCGGAAUCUUUACCCCCAGAGCAAUGACUACCACCCGUGGUGUUACACUAUGGACCCGAACGACCGGUGGGAUUACUGUGACAUACCUGCUUGUGAAUAUGAAGAAUGCAGACGUUCAAGUAUCGGAUACGAGUAUGCUGGAAGAGUGAGCAAAACAAAGUCCGGGAAAACGUGUCAGAGGUGGGACUCCCAGUCACCUCAUGAACAUCCGUAUGCGGGUCUGAUGGCCCACGAGAAUUACUGUCGGAACCCCAGGGGGAGAGAGCAGGAACCCUGGUGCUUCACAGAGGAUAACUCCACACGCUGGGAAUACUGUGAAGUGCCAAUGUGUAAUGACGAAGCUCGGGAGUGCGCAUUGCUAGCUCAAAAUAUAGAUUACUUUGGACAAAUCAACACAACCACAAGUGGUCGAUCAUGUCAAAGAUGGGAUCAACAGAAACCGCAUUCUCAUUCAAUGCCGCUGACAUCUGCCCAGGAGAACUACUGUAGAAACAUGGGCGGUGAAGACCGUGCCUGGUGUUAUACCACAGACUCCGACAAACGAUGGGAGAGGUGCAAUAUUCCAUCUUGUGACAACCUAGCGUGUUUUUCAAACCCAUGUUACAACGGAGGGACAUGCACUAAUAAUGGAGACUCCUAUAAUUGUUCCUGUUUCCCGGGUUACCAAGGAGACAGAUGUGAAACUGAGAUUCCAUUAAGGACGGAGAACUGUAAACGGUCCAAUACCGGUUGGGAGUAUCGAGGAACAAUAUCGGUAACAGUCAACAACCGUACCUGUCAAAGAUGGAACGAAACUUCUCCACAUAGACAUAGCUUUACCACGUCAAUGGCUAGUCAUGAGAACUAUUGCAGAAACCCAGAUAAAGAAGCUGGCCCGUGGUGUUACACUACUGACCCAUAUAAACGAUGGGAACUCUGCGAUAUACCGACUUGUGACACUCCACCAUCUGAAUGCUUAAAUGUAGUUCGAGGAGAGGAUUAUUUUGGCCAUGCCAACAAGACUAGAAAUGGCUACACGUGCAUGCGCUGGGAUUCCCAAUCGCCACAUAAGCAUGGGUAUAAAUACAUAGGGGAUCAAGGGAACUACUGUCGUAAUCCGUACGGAGAAGAACCUAAGGGACCCUGGUGCUAUACCACAGAUCCCAACAAAAGAUGGGACUAUUGCUCUGUUCCUCUAUGUGGUAAGCGACUAAAACAAGAGUUGGGAAUAUUGCUCUGUCCCUUUAGGUGGAUAUGGGAAUAUUGCUCUGUCCCUUAUGUGGGAAUUGACUACAAUAAGAGAUGGGAAUAUUGCUCUGUCCCUUUAGGUGGUAAGAAACUACAAUAA